AUGGCUUCCCUCGGGAACUGGUCGUUCAACCCCUUGCCGGCGUUUGCGCCGACCGUCUUCCCCAACAUCGCCAUGUGGGAUGUCAACAACACGGCCAAGAACCUUAGCUACCAAGUGCAGAUCUCCUGGCCCUUCGAAUGGGAAUCCCGCGAGGUAACUGAUAAGUCAGCCCUGACCCUCUACAUUCUCGACGGCAACGCGCUGGGCACGACCGCCGCCGAAGCCAUCAAGCGGCGCAAACUGAUCUACGCCGACCAGCCCGACGCGGUCGUCGUCAGCGUGGGCUACCCGCUCACCAACGCCGUCUACGACGUGGCCCGCCGCAACGCCGACUUCACCCCACCCCUGCCCCCCGCGGCACCUUCGACGGGGGGGCCGGAGCCGGCGGGUAACGGGCGCGCGGAUGAGUUUUUGGCGUUCUUGAGCGGCGUGCUGCGGCCGUGGGUGAGGGGGACGGUGUUUCCUGGCGUGGGGUUUAAGAGGGAUGCGUUGUAUGGGCAUUCGUUGGGCGGGUUGUUUGUGGUGUAUGCGCUGGUGAGUGAGCCGGCGGCGUUUGAUACGUUUGUGGCGGCGAGUCCGGGCGUGGGGUGGAAUGAUGGGGCGUUGUUGGAGGAGAUUACGCAGAGGUUUGGGGAUGGUUUGGGGGGUGGUGAGCAGUUCUCUGCUCGGAGGCGUGCCGAGACGGAGGAGAAUUUCCAGGCGCGUAAGGCUCUGUACCGAUGGGACCACAUGACGGAGUGGAGUCAUGCGCUGUACGACCGUGUCCGCUCGGGCAAUGGGGUGUCGGAGGUGGUCUUGAGGGAGUAUGAUGGGCAGGACUAUUCUGGGUGGGCGGGGACCGUGUUGACGGAGGCGAUUGAGUACUUCUUUGAAUGGGAUGACACCAACCUUCUAGUAUUUGGUCGAAACCCCGAAGCCAAUGUCCGGCAACUAGAGGCGGCGUGGGAAACGUGUAUACGAUGGGCGGACAGUCGGGGGAUGAAGUUCGCCCCGGAAAAGAGCGAACUGAUCCAUUUCAACAAAGGGCGACGGCAGUGGACCGAACAAGUAAACCUUACCAACCCAGGGGGAGGCACCAGCCCCGUUAAACCAGAAGGGUCUGCCAGGUUCCCUGAGGAGUCCUGGUUGGACUGGAAAACCUCAACUGGAAGGCCCACCCUGGUGGCGAGUGGAAAAGAAGCUGAGGAACCCAGAGCUAUGCCCUGUCGAGGAUCGUGGCCAAAGACAUGGGGAAAUGGGGCUAGCCCAAAGCGCGAGAAGUGUACACAAAGUGCCAUCCGGUCGGCGCUGGCCUGA